AACAGUAGAAAAGAAUCCUUUGUUUCGACACAUCCCUUAUUAGCUGAGCUUUCUGCUCAUUCAGACAUUGAUAUCAGGGCAAAGGCUUUUAAAUACCAGAAGAAAGCACAUUUCAACAGACCUCACAGAAGCCUGACAACCGCAGAACAGACAAGAUGAAUCGGGUUCUUCUCCUUGUUAUCUCUCUGGUAAUGACGCAGCACACAUCAAGCACAAACACAUCAAACACCUCACUGCUCGGUUUUGUAAAGACCAGGCAGGUAAGGACUCCAGAAGAUUCCAAAGUCAGCUUGGACCGUCUUGAGGAGUUAAAAAAGAGAGCUGUUUUUGUUGCCCGGAGCUGCAAGGAACUUCGGGAGAGAUAUCAACAGUCCGAGGACGGCCUGUACUACCUGAUCACGGCCACAGGGGUGGUCUACCAGACCUUCUGUGACAUGACCACGGCUGGCGGUGGCUGGACUCUGGUGGCGAGUGUGCACGAGGACAACAUUUAUGGUAAGUGCACGUUGGGCGACCGCUGGACGAGCCAGCAGGGCAACAACGCCAACCGGCCGCAGGGGGAUGGGAACUGGGUCAACAUGAAGACGUUUGGAACCGCGGAGGCCGCCACAGCUGACGACUACAAGAACCCCGGCUACUACGACAUCCAAGCAGAGGACAUGUCGGUGUGGCACGUGCCCAACAACAGUCCCAUGAACCACUGGAACCUGGGCGCCAUCAUGCGCUACCACACGGAGAGACGCUUCCUGAGUCUGUAUGGCGGAAACCUGUAUCAGCUCUUCCAGCGCUACCCAGUGAAGUACAACGCCGGAGCUCACCUGGCCGACAACGGACCCUCCAUUCCCGUGGUGUAUGACCUCGGGAACAAAGAGGCCAGCAAAAUGUUCUAUGGCCCAGCCACUUGCGGGGAGACUGAGGGAGGCUUCCUGAGCUUCAGAGCCAUAAACGCGGAACGAGCCGCCACAGCCAUCUGCUCCGGAGUCAAGCCCAAAGGUGGAGAGGUAGACGCUUACUGUGUGGGGGGCGGGGGGCACUUCCCCCAGGGGGACCCUAACCAGUGUGGGGACUUUGUGUCCUUCGCCUGGAAUGGUUAUGGGACGCAUGUCAGCUGGAGUGCAGCCAAAGAAAUGCUUGAGUCGGCUGUGCUCCUCUUUUACCGCUAGAGCACUGCCCUGUAACGUUUGAUUCAUUGAUUGGUUUAUUGAAACUAAGUUUUAAACAGUUUAGUUAUCAGGGCAUGACACCUAAUGCCAGAGUUGUAAAAUGCAUGCAUGACUGUAAAGUGCUUUGAAUAAAAGUGUCUGCUGAAGGGCAUAUAUUAUUCAGGUAAGGGAGUUUAUUCAUUCGAUUACUAUAAUGUGCAGUAUAUAUUUUAAGUGGAUGUAUCGAUAGAUACUGUAUGAAACCUGUACAAUGAAUGCAGUCUUGGCUAACAAUGGGAUAUUGCUUAACAUUUUAAUUGGGCUUCAGCAUUGAAAUUCUGUAAUGCAGAUUAAAAAGAGCUCUUAUCAGGAAGCGAGACAGAGAGGACUGUCUUGACUGAUGUCCAGAGGGGUCCCCUUGAAAUAUAUCAUACAGCAUUGCUGUCAAAGUCAAUUCCUCUGUCCCUGGGUUUUCUUACUGAUCAUGUUGCCUGACUCUUUUGUUGUGUCUGACCUGUUCUGUUUUGAUUUAUUUUACCACACUGGAAUAAAUCAAUAAAUGUC